AUGGUGAAACUCGUAACUGAAAAACCAGCCUCUGAGAGAUCCGAUGCACAGUUUAAGGGUGUUCGGAAAAGGAAAUGGGGAAAAUGGGUGUCCGAAAUCAGACUACCCAACAGUCGCGAAAGGAUUUGGUUGGGGUCUUACGAUACCGCCGAGAAAGCGGCGCGUGCUUUUGACGCUGCUGCUUCUUGCUUACGUGGUCAUUCGGCGAAGUUCAACUUUCCCGAUACCCCCCCGAAUAUCGCUCGCGGUAGGUCUUUAACCCCUUCUGAAAUUCAAGUUGCUGCUGUUCAGUUUGCGAAUUCGGAGCCUCCAACUCCAACGACCCAUUCUGAGCACUCCAAGCCCACCAGCGGAACCGAGACGCUGUCAGUUUCGGAUGCGAGAGUACCAUUAGAAGUGCAAUUGGAGUGUGAGUUACCUAUGGUCGAAUCGUUUAAAGAUGUUUUGACGAUGAAUUCGAAUGAUUACAAUUUGGAUUAUAAGAUAUUCCCUGAAUUUUAUGAUCUCACAGGCGACGUUGUUGGUUCAUCGGCGGCCAACAUCAGUGGUGAAGAGGAUGAUGCUGAUGGGAUUUUAGUUUCAGAAUCUUUUCUUUGGAAUUUCUAGAACAUGUGAGCUUA